UGAGGCUGAGAUGGGGAAUUACUGGAGAAGAGACUGGACUAGAAGUGGAAGCCCUUUCCUCUUCACAAAUACUGUGGGAGUUGUGGUGGUAGACAAGAGCAAGUAAAAUGGCCGUCUUCACUGGGAGGAUUAUGAGGUUUUAUCAUAACUGAACACUGAACACCACCUUAGUCCCUAUAAUAACCCCAACUGUGGCAUAUAGCUUAGGUAGUCUCCUGUCUGAACUGGUGCCUCUCUUUUUCAUCAAGAGGUAGAACACAAUGCAAGAGCCCAACCAGUCCUCUGUGACCGAAUUCAUCCUUCUGGGCUUCUCCCUCAGCCCCAGGACCACUCCUCUGGUCUUCUCUGCCUUUCUGAUCACCUACGUGUUGAUUAUCUUGGGCAAUGGCUUGAUCACCAUCCUUAUCUGUCUGGACUCACAUCUCCACACGCCCAUGUACUUCUUUAUUGGCAUCCUUUCCAUGUUGGAUCUGGGAUACACCACUACAACUGUUCCCCAGAUGUUGACACAUCUGGCCAGCCAGAAGAAGACCAUCUCUUUUGCCAGCUGUGUGGCCCAAAUGUAUAUUUUCUUGGUGCUAGGCAUCACUGAGUCCUGGCUUUUUGCCAUCAUGUCUAUAGACAGGUAUGUGGCCAUCUGUCACCCACUCAGGUACAAGGUCAUCAUGAGUCCAUGGUUAUGUGGGAUAAUGGUCAUCUUCUGUGGACUCUGGGGUGUCAUCUCUGCUCUUAUCUACACUGUCUUUGCCAUGCAUCUGCCCUACUGUGGUACCAACAAGAUCAACCACUUCUUCUGUGAAGUUCCAGCAGUGUUGAAGCUAGCCUGUGCAGACACCUCAGUCAAUGACCGGGUUGACUUCAUUCUUGGCUUUAGUGUCAUCCUGGUCCCACUUUCCCUUAUCCUUGUCAUUUAUGUCAAUAUCUUCAUUGCCAUCUUAAGAAUUCGUUCACCCCAGGGGCGGCUCAAGGCCUUCUCUACCUGUGCCUCCCAUAUCACUGUGGUCACCAUGUUCUCUGUCCCAGCCAUGGUCAUGUACAUGAGGCCUAGCUGUAUGGCCUCCCCAGAAGAGGAUAAAAAGCUGGCUCUAUUCUACAACAUCAUCUCUGCCUUUCUCAACCCCAUCAUCUACAGCCUCCGGAACAAGGAUGUGAAGAGGGCUUUCCUCAAGGUAACAGGCUGGAGCAGGGCCUCAGACUGAGCCCCUGGAAG